UUUCAUAUCUAUGAUCAGUGAUUAUGAUUAACUAUGGAGUCUGAUAGUGUCUUACGGACAGCAUAUCUAAUAAAUUGUCAAUUUAAAUUGUAAUUUUAAGAUUUCAAUUAUUUCGAAUCGAAUUGAUUAAUUUCAGUGCUUAUAAUUUUUCAUGAAAAUGGAAGAAAAUCAAAUAAAACACAAUGUCUCUCCCGAGUGAUACCGUUAAGUGACCAUGUUCAAUAAAAUUUAUAUGUACAAUUCUAACCUAUUCGUUAUUAAAUGAGGUUUUAUAUAGAAUCACAAGUAAUUAGUGUAGAAACUUUCCAAUGGCGGGUAAUUUUUGGCAAAGUUCACACCAUCAGCAGUGGCUACUGGACAAGCAAGAUUUAAUACGAGAAAGACAGUAUGACCUCUCUGUAUUAUCAGAGGAAGAAUAUCAGAAAAUAUUUAUCUUCUUUGCAAGUGUAAUUCAGAGUUUAGGGGAACAGUUAAAAUUAAGACAGCAAGUAAUUGCUACAGCAACUGUAUACUUCAAAAGAUUUUAUGCUAAGAACUCAUUGAAAUGUAUUGAUCCCCUUCUGUUAGCACCAACUUGUAUAUUUUUAGCAUCAAAAGUAGAAGAAUUUGGUGUUAUUUCUAAUUCUAGGUUGUUAACAACUUGUCAGACAGUCAUAAAAAACAAAUUUGCAUAUGCAUAUAAUCAAGAAUUCCCAUACAGAACUAAUCACAUAUUGGAAUGUGAAUUUUAUUUAUUGGAAAAUUUGGACUGUUGUUUAAUUGUGUAUCAACCUUAUCGUCCUUUGCUGCAAAUGGUUCAAGAUCUGGGUCACGAAGAACAACUUUUAACUUUAGCCUGGAGAAUCGUUAAUGAUUCACUACGUACUGAUGUUUGCCUGCUUUACCCACCUUAUCAAAUAGCUAUUGGUUGCCUGCAAAUUGCUUGCGUUAUUUUACAAAAGGAUCAUAAGUCAUGGUUUGCAGAACUUAAUGUAGAUAUUGAAAAAAUACAAGAAAUAGCACGGUGCAUUAUAAAUUUAUAUGAAUUAUGGAAACAAUACGACGAAAAAAAGGAGAUUCAGGGGUUAUUAAAUAAAAUGCCAAAACCAAAACCCGCUCCUCAACGGUAGAGGAGGCUACUGAAACGUCUUCACCAUUUCUAGCUUCUAUUUUCUUCUUUUCUGUUAUUAUUGAAGAAAAUUUCUUUAAAAAAAAACAGUUAUUUGUAUUUUAGUUUUGAACAAGAUUUAAAGUAC